UACAGACAAAAGUAAUGGAUAACUCGUGAACGUACAAGCAUCGAUGUUGAUCUGUUGGUUACGACAAGGAACAGACGAAAUUUGGAAAUAUUUGAGAGUUCAGUACAGUAUCACUUUGGAUUUAUGAGGAAUAUCGAAAGGAUUGACCAUGCCCAGACGUAGAUCCAGCAGCUCUCGAAGUCGGAGCCCAGUACGAAAUGGCCACAGGGGAGGUUCAGUGUCUGACAGUAGCGACAGAAAACCUACUGCUUCGCGUUCAAAGAGAAGGUCUCGUUCUUCUGAGGAGGAACAUCGUUCACUGCACAAUGGUCGCGCUAAGAGAAACACGACAGUUAGGGACAAGAAGCAUCGUCAAAGUCCGUCGUCCUCAGCUUCAAGCAGCAGAUCUCGCUCAGCAGAUUCAGCGUCGUCGAGAAGCUCGGUGAGUUCUGAGCGUGACAGAAAGAAGAACGGUGGAGUAAAAAGUCACAGACGUUCAAAUCGUUCCCCGUCGCCUGAUUUGAGAAAACGCGACUCAUCAAACAAUCACCGGCGUGAAAGACCAAGAUCUCCUGUCCAGAGAAAGUACAGGAGGUCAAGAUCUCGUUCUCCAUCUCCCUAUAAAAAGAGAAGAAUUGGUCGGUCUCGGUCAGAUUCCCGGGAAGAUGAUCGCUCUACGUUUCGCCGACAGUCUCCAGAUCGUAGUAAGGGAAAGAGAAGAUCAAGGUCACCAAAGUUACCUUCGUUGUUAGAUCCAGGCAGGUUUCAGGGCCCUACAGCGGGAUUUGUGGAUGAACGUCAAAAGUCAAAGUCGAGAUCUCCUUCAGUGGGGAAAAAUCACCGGCAAAUGUCACCAACGUCAAGAGAGAGGAAUUUUGCUGAGAAAUACGAAAGUUGGGACAGAGACAACAACCGACCCAUCAGGAAAGGGAAAAGACAGCAUGAGGACUCGUCAGGAAUCAGCGAAUGGAGGAGACAAGAGAGAGAAAGAAUCGGCACGUUUGGUGUGCUGGAGCUGUGGAGCAGGUCGCCGGCACAUGAGGAAGAGUCUGACGUAGAAGAUGAAGGGAAGAAAAAGAAGGACAAGGAAGGAAAAGGGAAGAAAAAGAAAAAGAAGAAGGAAAAGGACGACUCUGAUGAAGAUGAGGGCGACAGUGAUGAUGAUGAUGAUGGCAGUGGAAAGAAGAGGAAAAAGUCCAGCAAGAAAAAGAAACACAAAAAAGACAAAAGGAAAAAGUAUGUCUACCUUUUUCGUAGUGUACAGUUGUGUGAUGUUUGUCUGUGUGUCCAAAAUGUACUCGCGUCAUGGCAGAAAUGUCGGGAACGCCUCAGGAGUUGGUCUGAGUUCCUGCAAGUCACUACGUCAUCUGAUGGCUGUGGAGAGGGAAAUGAUGACUGUAAUGUCAAAGUGUGUAACUGUGGUGAGGAAUAUGACAGCUGUAAUGUCAAAGUGUGUAACUGUGGUGAGGAAUAUGACGGCUGUAAUGUCAAAGUGUGUAACUGUGGUGAGGAAUAUGACGGCUGUAAUGUCAAAGUGUGUAACUGUGGUGAGGAAUAUGACGGCUGUAAUGUCAAAGUGUGUAACUGUGGUGAGGAAUAUGACGGCUGUAAUGUCAAAGUGUGUAACUGUGGUGAGGAAUAUGACGGCUGUAAUGUCAAAGUCUGUUUCAGGAAAUCGAAGAAGUCAAAGAAAGCCAGCAAGAAGAAGAAAAAAGCCAAAGUCAGCGAGACGGAGUCGGAUUCCGACUCAGAUUCGGAGUCCGGGUCAGAUGAUGAACCAGUGUGGCUGGAGAAGACAAAGAAGCCCAAAAACCCUGAUGAUGAGGAGGAGAUCGGCCCGUCGCCGUACGUGGAGAUCAAUGCCCUGACGGAAAGAGAUUUUGGUCGAGCCCUGCUCCCCGGUGAAGGUGCGGCUAUGGCGGCGUACAUCGCAGAAGGCAAAAGGAUUCCCCGGCGUGGAGAGAUCGGACUCACGUCGGACGAGAUCGAAGGUUUUGAGACCGUGGGAUAUGUCAUGAGUGGAAGCAGGCACCGACGUAUGGAGGCCGUGCGUCUGAGGAAGGAGAACCAGAUCUACAGCGCUGACGAGAAGCGGGCGUUGGCGACCUUCAACCACGAGGAGCGCAGCAAGAGAGAGGCCAAGAUCUUGUCACAGUUCAGGUCCAUGGUGCACGAGAGACUGAAACAUUAACUCCCCGAGUCCUGGUCCAAGGCCAAGAAGAGAAGCUGUUUUGGAGACUGUCGGAUUGAACACAUUGUCUAAAUUAUGUGGGAAGGUUUAUGGAUUUCAUCACGGGAUUUUUGUAUGACAUAUUUGUCAUGAGGAAAAUGUAAAUAAAUGACUUCCAAUAAUUUCCAAAUUGUCGAAUGAAGGAGUAAACAAAAGGCUAUUUUGAGCAUGUCGCACUGGACUGAAGGUUAAUGUUUUGGGGAAAAUGUAUCAAUGUAUUUAUGUGAUUUUUAUUCCAUGUUAUGAUUGAAUUAUUUUAAAAAGUCAAUAAAUGACAUGACAUAA